AUGGAUGCCAUUUUUCCAAAUAAAAACGGCCCAAAGAGAUUGCACAGUCGAAGAAUAGAGAGCAAUGCUUGGAUUUUUAUAGAAGUCUUUACAUCAAGCAGUUUAGUUUCAGAUGCAUUCAGCAUGAUAGAUCCAAACGUUUCCUUGAUGAUCUCUUUAGUAGAGUCUACGAUUGUUCUUAUUAUACUUACUUCCCUUUCGAUCUUUAUGGGCUUACUACGAUAG